UCCUCACCAGCUGCUCUUUGAGGAAUGUGGUUCAGUAACUUCCUUGUAGCUGUUGGGUGGAGAUUCCGAAAUGUAAACCUUUAUCAGGGAAUUUCAUAUCCCUGUUUGCACACACAAGAACAUAAGGAAGCAGCAAGGCUGUGUUUCCUGCAGAAGCUAAACUUUUCACACCAGAAGUCAUCAUGCUUUACACAGAUUUACUGCAGCUUUGGAAUGAGUCGGUGCAGGCAAUGGAUAGCAAGGACUGGCAAGGAGCUCUGGCAAAGAUGGACCAGAUUACAGAGCCUACAUCUUGGACACUCUUCAAUGCUGCCUCAGCACACAUCUGUCUGGGAAAUCUGGAUUCUGCCCUCAAGGCAUUAGACCUCACAAUUGUCAAGGAUCAACGGCUUUCUGUUGCAUUCUUCCAGAGAGCAGCCAUCAAGAUUCUGCUUGGCAGGUUGGAAGAGGCUCUGUCUGACUGUGUCUGGGCACAGAAACACUUAAGAGGAAACAAUGUCAUUGACUACAGACAACUUGGACUGCGCUAUAAGCUGAAUAGCUGGCAGGUGUCACAUAACGCAGCUGCUGUGUACUGUCGAAUGGAUCAGUGGGAGCAAGCAAGAGAAGUUCUCAUGUCGAACAAUCAAGGCGGGAAUCUAGAGAUGGCUUUGGACAUGAUUCUGAGAAAUGAAGUCCUAGCACCUCUCCUGGUACCUGAGGGUGUCGUGUUUCGGCCCAGGAAAAAAGAUGUGGAACAGCUCAAGCCGAGGGACUUUUUAGGGAAACCCAAGGUGAUUUCAUCUAUGAUACCCAAUGACGAUUUUGGGGGAUUUGAACCUCUCAGAUUGCAGAAACCUGGUUUUUAUCAGCCAAGUGUGGAUGGGGCUCAGCAUUCUCGCUACAUGUGUAUGGGCGUCCCUUACAUGGCUCGAGGUCCGGGUCAGUUGACCGUACCAGGAGGUGCCAAGGUCUUUAUAUUUGGAGAAGAGGACAGGGAUGGAAUGGCAACUGUCAUAUAUGAUGGACAGAGAGGACUUGUGCCAGCAUCUCUGCUCAAGCCAGCAGAUAUAAAGACGGAAGGCAAAACUGCUAAGACACUUCCGACUGGGAUCCCCCUCCCUCCAGGUCUAAAGCCACCCACUCGUCCACAAACCAGAUCCAGUUCUGCCACUCCUACUUGGGAACACCUGAUCUCCGACACACCACCACCACCCUACGUAACCGCCACCCGUAUUCAACCGUCAGCCUCAACACUUCCCGGGUACACAGCCAAUGCAGCCAGCAAGCAGAUUGUCAACGUGGUCCAGGAAUCAGAAGCAGACUCUGUCGUGAUGGUGAAAGUUAAUUACAUAUACACUGUGGCACUGUCAGUGGCAACGAAUACAACAUACCAUGAACUGAAGGAAGAUAUUGCGCAUAAAUUGGAUCAGCCAUCAUCUUCUCUACGUCUCAGAUACAGGAAGCAUGGCUCACGUUUGCUGGUACCUCUCGAUUGGGAGGUAGAGACAGGAAAAACCAUACACGACGCUUCAGAGGCUGGCAGAGCAACUCUGUGGUGCCAGGUCGAAGAUCCCCUGCACAACCAUAAUAUCCUUUACCAAAUGGUGGCAAAACAUGAUUAUUCUGCUCAGGGCCCAGAGGAUUUAGAGUUUAGUGAAGGGGAUACCAUUGACAUUCUGUGUGAAGUUAACGAAGAAUGGCUCGAGGGACACUGUGCAGGAAAAGUAGGCAUCUUCCCCAGCUGCUUUGCCAUGAGAGAGAAUGACACCUUGAUGCAGAUGUCUGAGUUCUAGUGAGAUGAGCUAGAUUUAUUGAAGAGGUUUUUCAUGGGAACCAAGUUAAAAGUGACUACUGUAGACAUUACAGAAGCCAUCAUUGAUUUGUUUUGGUAACUUUGAGAGGAACCAUGACCACAGGAAUCUAAGUGGUGUUCAUUAAUACUGAAGCAAUGUAUUAUUUUUUGAUGCUAACUAUAGAUUUGGCUAUCAUAUACAUACACUUCAUGAAAUGAGUAUAUAUAUAUAUUUUUUCCAUCAUAUAUCUGCAUGCUAACUAAUAGAUUUAAUUAUUUAAGUAUAUCAUAGAAAUCUGAACCUUUACAGCAGUCUUGUGUCUUGUAACAACCGCUAAGGAGGACAGCAGUUUUUUUCCUUGCCACAUGUAAGAGCUCCAGAACACUCUUUUAUCUGUUGGAAAUGUUGGCAUCUACAAACCCAAAACCAGUUAAGUUGGCACAUUGUGUAAAUCGUAACUAAAAACAGAAUACAAUGAUUUGCAAAUCUUUUUCAACAUAUAUUCAAUUGAAUACACUGCAAAGACAAGAUACUUAACGUUUGAACUGGAAAACUUUAUUUUUUGCAAAUAUUAGCUAAUUUGGAAUUUGAUGCCGGCAACAUGUUUAAAAAAAGUUAACACAAUUGGCAAAAAAAGACUGAAAAAGUUGAGGAAUGCUCAUUAAACACUUAUUUGGAACACCUCACAGGUAAACAGGCUAAUUGGGAACAGGUAGGUGCCUUGAUUGGGUAUAAAAGCAGCUUUCAUGAAAUUCUCAGUCAUUCACAAACAAAGAUGGGGCGAGGGUCACCACUUUGUGAACAAGUGCGUGAGCAAAUUGUCCAACAGUUAAAGAACAACAUUUCUCAAUGAGCUAUUGCAAGGAAUUUAUGGAUUUCGUCAUCUACAGUCCGUAAUACCAUCAAGAGGUUCAGAGAAUCUGGAGAAAUCACUGCACGUAAGUAGCAAAGCCGAAAACCAUUAUUGAAUGCCCUUGACCUUUGAUCCUCCAGGCGGUACUGCAUCAAACACCGACAUCAGUGUGUAAAGAAUAUCCCCACAUGGGCUCAGGAUCACUUCAGAAAACCACUGUCAGUAACUACAUUUUGUCGCUACAUCUGUAAGUGCAAGUUAAAACUAUACUAUGCAAAGCAAAAGCCAUUCAUCAACAACACCCAGAAACGCUGUCGGCUUCGCUGGGCCCGAGCUCAUUUAAGAUGGACUAAUGCAAAGUGGAAAAGUGGAAAAGUGUUCUGUGGUCUGAAGAGUCCACAUUUCAAAUUGUUUUUGGAAACUGGCCGUCGUGUCCUCCGGACCAAAGAGGAAAAUAACCAUCCGGACUGUUAUAGUCGGAUGGAGUUGUAUACCUUUCAGUUACAACUGAAAGGUACAUAAUGGUUUUGGAGCAACAUAUGUUGCCUUCCAAUCAACAUCUUUUCCAUGGAUGCAACUGCUUAUUUCAGCAAGAAAAUGCCAAGCCACAUUCUGCGCGUGUUACAACAGCGUGGCUUUGCAGUAAAAGAGUGCGGGUACUAGACUGGCCUGCCUGUAGUCUAGACCUGUCUCCCAUUGAAAAUGUGUGGCACUUUAUGAAGUGUAAAAUACGAUGAUGGAGACCCCGGACUGUUGAACAACUUAAGCUGUACAUCAAGAAAGAAUAGGAAAGAACUCCACCUGAAAGCUUCAAAAAUUGGUCUCCUCAGUUCCCGAUUUACACAAUGUGCUAACUUCACUGGUAUCAGUAACUGUUAGUGAUGCUAUGCAUGUUGCAUAUCAUCAAUCUUCUUAGAUGAGAAACCCACACAGCUCAAUGAGAUAAAAUGACCAAAGUAGCCCACUUAUGUUUCAAAAGACUACACAUAGCUUGGCCAACGAUCAAAUUGGAACUUGUGCAUGUAAGAUGUGAGUCACAGAGAAGUGUAAAAAGUGUGACAAUCAACUAUGACAGUAAUUUGAUUAAUGUGAGUGCAUUAAUUAAUAUUUAAAUGUAAAUAGUGAGUUGAUCUGUGUUGAUUUCAUCAUUCUUAAUGAUUCAUAUUUUUCAAAUUAGAAUAAAGUGUAGUUUUGCUUAUGGUCAUCUAUGCAGUAGACACAUGCAUAUCAUGUCAUUUUUGUCACGAUACUGGUCUAAAAAUGUUCCCAAAAUCGUUUUUUUGGUAUUUUAGUUGUGUCAAUGAACCAGAUCAUUGAAAUGCAACAUUUUUGAUUCAAUAAAGGGUUUGUAUGUUAUCUAUAACCAACAUUAUGUAUUAUCCUAACUGACCUUGUUAGUUAUAUUUAGUCAUUGAAGCAUACUUUUGUAGUUAUUUCUCAAUAUUUCUACACUAUUACUCAGUUAUGGGAACAGGGCAAAAUGUAUAUUUUUAACAUGAAAUUGCAAGUUCAUUUUAUCAUCUAUUAUUAUGCGUAGAGAUUUGAGCUAUUUGUCAUUGUUUAUGUCAGAGCAAGGCAGAACACGGCCUGUUAGCUUUUAAAUUAGGCCUGCUGGACGUUGCCAAAUUCUUUUUUAAAACAUUUUUCAUCGAAAAUGAUAAAGGUUAUUGUUUACAGUCCUCAUGAAGAAUAUGAUGCGAAGUGCCGUUUUCAAAUUACCGUAAGCCUUAAACUACAGGAAGUAUUCAAGUGGUUGGAGUCUGUGCUGUUUACUGUGAUAAUGGUUGUUAAAGUUAUCAUAGGCACUAUGUCACAGCAGCUCCAGGCGGACAAGGCACAACGCAAAGUGAGUGGGGAUUGUUUACAGAACAGCCAACUUGAGUAAGACACAUAAGUGUCAGGGACAGAAGCAGAUUUCUACAACAACGUUCUGUUCUGCAGAAACGCGAUAUUAUAUUGGUAAUGUGGUUGUUUUUUUAUAUUUGUGUUUCGUCGUGUUUGUUCGUUGCAUUUUGCUUUAUUGUAAAAAGAUUGAUCAAAGAGGCGGUCAGAGAAGUAGACGUGGAGCAACGUUGCUUUGUUCUUAAUAUUCAUUGUUUUAUCGUUCAUAGUUGUGGAUCCCACUGGGUGUUUUAUUGAUUAAAACGACUAAAAUAUAAUUCCGUUUUUUGAGGUGGUCUGUCUGUUUAUUGCAUACAUUAUUGUUAUUGUUUUUGUAUUUGUGUGAUCAGCUUUUAUUCUUUUCCAUGGUAUUUUAGGACAUUUGAAGUCUGAAGUUGAAGACUAAGCGGAUUGUGGGACACUUUUUGCAGCUAAAAUAUUAGGUAAACAAAAACAAUCAUUUAAGAAUAAAAGGGGUGAAUACAGUCCCAAUCAUCAGUCAGUCAGUGUGGAACAUUUAGAUGGGAUUCAUUUUUAUGGUAUAAUUUUUUGAGACAACAAGUAAUUUGGAAUAUUUUCUUCCAGAUUUGGUCCAUUUUUAACAAGGUAUCUUUUUUUUUUUUUUAUUCCAACUACUCUGUUUAUUUGCAGUGUCUGUUGAUAUCCCCACAUAUUAUGGUGUGGAUAUGGUUAUUGUUUACUGUCGUUUUGGAGAAAGGGGACCACCUGGUUUUGGUAAAUAGAGGCAUAUCAUUGUGGGCAUGUGAUAAAGUAUGGCCAUUAUAUUUGCUAUCACAUGUAGACUAGAUUAGUUCUCACAAGAUACAAUCUUGUAAAUUUUCCCUUGUUAUGCAAAGUGACAGUCACAUCCAUGGGAAGGGACCACAUGUUUAAGUUAACGCCAACAGUUAGUUAAAUAUUGACCUAAAACUCAGGGGUAGGGACACUUACACAAACAAACAUCGCCUUACAUGGUCAGGAUGUAUGCAAUUUGCUUAGCACACACCCAAAGACAUGAGAUGACCUCAUUGGGGAAGAUAAACUGAUGAUAAACUGGUAGUUUGGCUUCUUCAAGGAAGGGGAGACACAUAUGUUGGCUAGACCAGUAAUGUACAAUGACGCUCGUUUGACAAUAAAGCAACUUUUGUUCGAA